CCAGCGAAGACCGGAAGACGUCGCUGCGAGUAUAAACACGAAGAGCGUCUGAUAAUGGAGAACGCCACGGUUAUCACAAUCUCGGAGCUACUCCACGGAGGCCGAGCCUUCACCGGUGCAUCGUCGCUAUCCUUCUCCGCUGGUACGCCGGCUUCCGAAUCAGAAUGUAGAAACCGUCAAUCACGUGCCGGAGCCGUCGAUUCAGACUCUAACUGUAAGUUUCUCGCACCGUUGAACCACCCAGCGGUUAUCGUCGGGACGCUAGCUCUUCCCUCCGAAACCCUAAAGUGUCCAAAUCGCUACUGCUUUCGAUUCACAGACGGUGAUUUGAAGACAAUCUGCUGUGAUAUCCUUGGUUUUGAGAUUCGAGCCAUUGGAAGUAAGAUUUGUGUUCAAUCGUGGAAUUUCCUUCCAAUGAGGCAUUUCGGUGGGUUUUUGGAGAUUAUCAAGUGGAAAUUCGUGGAUACCAGUAAGUUGCUUGAUUCGUUUCCGUUGGUUCCUCCGCUGCGUUCAUCGGAAAACGGUGACGGUAAGUCUCGUUAUAGCGUCCAUGGUGUGUUAGAGUCCAUUAGCCCUGUGUCUGUUGUUCCUUGUACGGAAGAGGAUUCUGCUGAUUCUGUGAACCUUCCUGGGUUCUUAGUAAAGGUCAUGGCCUGUGAGUGUAAAGAAUGUAGUCGGAAAGAUAUGAUUGAUUCGAUUGAUUGUAAACACUCUUUUGAGAAGUCUGUCUUCGUUUACUUCUAUGGUUCAGUGGCUGCGAGUUGGCACCCUGCGAUAACGAAGCUAGUUGGGAGAAAUAUUGCUAUAUCGAGGAUGACGAAGAAGUUGGUUUAUAUAAGCAAAUGUGAUUCUCUGUUGGUGUUUGUUACGACUGAGAAAUCUGUUCUUCGUACACCUUGGUUUUCUAAGAAGCAGGUUGUUUCGAAAAGUGUUGUUGAUAGGAGAGAUAACUGCAGCUCGUUCCUUGGAUUUGUCAAAGGUGUGUAUCUGAAAGGGAAGCUUGUUGAGAUGGAUGAAGAUGUCUGGCUUUUAUUGACGGAUCACAUACAGAACAGAUCCCACAGUAUCCGAACUGGUUCCCUUAUUUUUGUCAGAAAUGUUCAUUUUGUGAAUACCAAAUUUUCUUGGGGAGAAGUGCGUAUACUUGGGGCAUGCUUCAAGACCAGCAUCACAGUUGUGUUAUUUUCACCAUUUGAAACGGGUUGUCUUGUAGAUUCAUGUCGGCAGACACCUCUGAGUCGAUUUAUCGAGUCUUUGUCCUUUCCUGCAAGAUUUUGGACAUUACUCGUUAGUUCAUGCAUCCAGAACAUUGACGGAAUGCCAAAAGACAAGGGAAUUCUAAGAUCUUGUCAGAGGGAUGAACUGACAAAGAUGUAUGCAGAGUCACGAAUACCGCCAUCUAUGUUUCAACCCAGGUGCGGGCUUUUUACUGAGUUCUGCUUGCAUGAAUCACGCGGAUGCAAUAGUGAAGCGCGUGAUUGCAACCUAAAACUGGUAAUGACUAUCUCAAGUUUUGUCCACCACUACAAGGUCAUGUUGAAUAAAUUGUUAUCUCAGAUUAAGAAAAAUGACACCGUGUUUAGUGCUAGUAAAUUCUUAAGUCAUCCAUCAUCAACGCGGAAAAGAUACAGUCAUAUAAACCCAAAGACUCUUAGAAGUGAAGAUAUUGGUGUCAUCUUACUUGGAAAAUUGAAGAUCUCAUCUUCUGGAAUACUACAAUUGCAUGACAGAACAAGCAGCAUUAAUGUUCUGACGCCAGACCUACGUUUAAGUGAUAGAAAUGCCUGCAGGAUAUGUGAGGUUUCUGAUUACUAUCUCAUCAUUGAAGGACUACCUGAAUCGAUUCUCCACAUGCCCCUUCCUCCGGAGCCAUUUCGCUGUAGAACUGUUGCUAAUCCUACUCCAUUGGCCAUAGAAAACACCUCGACAAUGGUUUUGUAUUUAUCGUUUGGUGCUGCGAAUUGCGGUAACGUUCUCAUGGAUUAUUCUCCUGACUGGAGGCAUGAUCUCAAUGAGUUCAAAGAGGGAAGGUUUCAUCUAUUUAGGGUGACCCAUAAAUUUCCAAAUUUAGAAAAGGGUCAUCCAGGAAUGCCUGACUGCACCAGUGUUUUCAUUGAGGUUGUAAUCAUUCCCUGGGAACUCGUUUGCACUGCCACUGAAGAAGACGCAGCUGCUCCCCAAUUUGAUGAAAGUAAGACCUCCCAAGAAGAACGUCCUCAUAAGAGAUGUAAAACUAAUGCUGCAUCACAGAGGGAAAGAGUAUUAUCUGCGCCGCAUGAAAUUUCCUGUCAGGUUACCGUCAGAUGUGCUAGUAGUCACUGUUUGACCAUAGCAGCAACUCUGUCUAAUUUAAAGGAAAAGAAAAGUGGUAACAUGCACAGUGUUAAGCGGGUGCUGUUAGAACUCAUACCUGAAUGCAAAAACUAUAAUGUAUUGCAGAUUGGAGGUUGCUAUUUGAUGAAGCAUGGCACUGAUGAUUCUUUUUGUGUUGGACGGUCUGGCAUAUCUAACAAUGACAAAAUCACUUUUACGCCUGAAACACGUUUAUGGAGUUUGGAAUUUUCUUUUGAUAAAGUUUUCACCCAUGACGGAUCUACGGAUGUAUAUCCCUUGCUGUCUUCUCAACCAUCUCUUGCGGUAGAACAACGAAAUGUAUCAAGUCCGCAACCUUGUUCAGAUGUUUCGCUUCUUCUGCCUUAUGAUGCAAAAAGACUCUUCUCAAUAUAUAUCAAGGACUUGGAAGAACUUAAUAAGCCAGUCGCAGAUGGAAAAGACAAAAAUAAUAUUUCAUGCUGCACGCAGGGGAAGAUGAUCAUGCAUGCAGAGCCACCUCGACUACCUCUUCCCAACAGCUUAUUUCCUGAGGGAAAAUUAGCUACUUUCAGAGGCGACGUAGUAGCAGUUGAUGCUGUUGACUCUUGUGUCACUGAUGUUCUGAGCAGCUAUUGCAUUCAUGUUCUAGUUAAUCAUCAAAAGGUGAAGAUUUUUGGUCCACUAAGCAGACAUUCAUAUCUCACUGGAUUUGGCCCGGGGGUGAAUGCAACAUUCUACCGGAUUCUUGGAACGGGAGAGGAAAACAGGUUUCUGUUGUCAUCUGCAUCUUUUGUCAAAAUAAACUCUCGAAAGGCAUUCGAUGGUCCAGUUUUAGACAAAGGUCGGCCCAAAAUUUCACCCCAGGAUUCCUCGAGUAACAAGGAUAAUCAGCAAGUGAACUUUGUCUGCAAGGUACUUUCAGUUUAUCUUCUGGUUCUCCAAGCGGGAUCUGUUGAUCCCUCGGAAAACAAAUGUGGGGAAAAUCUAGAUAUACCACUUGCAGGAUUCGUGGUAGAUGACGGAUCAUCAACAUUUCUUUGCUGGGCAAGUGGAAAAAGAGCGUUUACAUUUCUUAGGCUGCACGAAGAAUUGCCUGAAAAUGCUGUUGACGUGGCCCAGUGGAUUAGAAGUGACAAAAUCCAGAACACCACAGCUUACCAUCUUGGAAAAAUAGUUCGGGUUCACAAGAAAAUAGUAAUAAAGUGCAAUGGAUCACAAAUUGAAGCACUCUUUCAAGAUAUCGCCAUUUCUGUUGCCUCAAAUCAACUUCUCACCUCUUCAGAGGAUGAAUUCCUCAAGUCGUUGAUUCUAAACGCCAUUAGCGGCCCUAUCUGGGAUGUUACGGCCAGCUCAAUGGACAUGAACAUGAUUCAGCAUUUGGAGAGAAAACAUUGUUUGGAGAUUAAGACUUCAAGACUUGCGCUACAGAACGUUUGGGGUAAUGAAGUAUGUCGAGUGGAUACGUUGGUACGAGCCUGGAGCCUACUCCAAAGUUUGAUAAAUACGUGAUCAUAAAUAAAUUCAAAACGUCUACAUCUUCUUUUGAUGGAAUUAACCUGACAUUAAUUUUAUUUCCUGGUUUAUUCAUUUUAUUUAGUACUCUUGGAUUUAACUCAAAUGUAAAUGAAAACAAUGAGGAUGUUUGUGAGAAGAUCUGAUCUUCUCAUAGGCCAUAGGGUUUCAA